AUGGCGGAAGAGGAGGUGGCCAAGCUGCAGAAGCACCUGACUCUGCUUCGGCAGGAGUAUGUGAAGAUGCAGCAGAAGCUGGCCGACACAGAGCGGCGCUGUGCGGUGCUCGCGGCACAGGCCUCUGGUCCCGGCGUGUCCGCUCCGGGCUCCACUGGCCAAACAUCUGCAGACACUUUCAUCAGCCGUUUACUGGAGAUUGUGGCUGACCUUUAUAAACAGGAACAGUACAGUGACCUGAAGGUAAAGGUUGCAGGUGACGAGCUUUGUGCUCACAAAUUUGUGUUGGCAGCUCGCAGUGACAUCUGGAGUCUGGCCAACAUGGCCUCUACAUCUGAACUGGACCUCUCUGAUUGCAAACCUGAUGUUGCCGUAGCUAUGUUGCGUUGGGCUUAUUCGGACGAAUUAGAACUUACUGAGGACGAUGUCUUUCUUAUCGAUCUAAUGAAACUGGCCAAUCGUUUUCAACUUCAGUUGCUCAGAGAGAGAUGUGAAAAAGGUGUAAUGUCUUCUGUAAAUGUCAGAAACUGCAUUCGGUUCUACCAAACUGCUGAAGAACUAAAUGCUACAACUUUAAUGAACUAUUGUGGAGAGAUUAUUGCCAGUCACUGGGAUGAUCUCAGAAAAGAAGAUUUCUGUACUAUGAGUGCACAGCUCCUGUACAAAAUGAUCAAGUCUAAAACUGAGUAUCCCCUUCACAAAGCCAUUAAAGUAGAGAGAGAAGAUGUGGUCUUUCUCUAUCUUAUUGAAAUGGAUUCCCAGCUACCUGCUAAGCUUAAUGAACUUGAUAACAAUGGUGAUCUGGCACUUGAUCUGGCACUUUCCCGAAAAUUAGAGAGCAUUGCCAUCACUCUGGUAAACAACAAGGCGGAUGUGGAUAUGGUGGACCAGAGCGGCUGGAGUCUGCUGCACAAGGCCAUUCAGAGAGGUGAUGAAUUUGCCUCCAUAUUCCUAAUUCGCCAUUCGGCUCAGGUGAAUGCUGCUACUGUGGGAGCUGUAGAAACGCCUUUGCACUUAGUAUGCUCUUUUAGUCCUAAAAAGCACUCGGUGGAAGUCAUGGAAGGAAUGACACAAAUUGCUGAGUCCUUACUGAAGGCUGGAGCCAACGCUAACAUGCAGAACAGCAAGGGCAGGACACCUUUACAUGAAGCUGUGACAUCAGGAAAUGAGACGGUUUUCAAGCAGCUUUUACAAUGCAAACAGCUUGAUCUGGAACUCAAAGAUCAUGAAGGCAGCACACCAUUAUGGCUGGCUUUGCAAUAUAUAACAGUUGCUUCUGAUUCAACUGUAAAUCCAUUUGAAGUUGAGGCACCUGUACUGAACGGCACUAGUUUUGAUGAAAACAGUUUUGCUGCACAGCUCAUUCACAGGGGGAGUAACCCCGAUGCACCAGACAAUACCACAGAAAAUUGCCUUUUGCAGAGAGCCGCCCUGGCAUGCAAUGAGGCAGCGGCACUUUUCUUAGCUACACACGGUGCCAAAGUGAAUCAUAUUAACAAAUGGGGCGAGAGUCCGCUUCACACAGCAUGCCGUUGUGGCCUUGCAAAUUUAACUGCAGAGCUUCUCCAGCAGGGGGCAAACCCUAACCUGCAAACACUGAAGGCUCUGCCGGAAGACAACCCUGCAGUAGCUCUGCAAACCCCACUUCAUAUGGCCAUCGCACACAACCAUCCAGAUGUUGUCUCUGUGAUUCUCGAACAAAAAGCAAAUGCCCUUCAUGCGACAAACAAUUUCCAGAUUAUUCCUGACUUCAGCCUCAAAGACUCAGUCGACCAGACAGUGCUUGGCUUGGCUCUGUGGACAGGCAUGCACACAAUAGCAGCACAGCUGCUGGGCUCAGGGGCAUCUAUUAAUGACACUAUGUCCAAUGGACAAACCUUGCUUCACAUGGCAAUCCAAAGACAGGAUAGCAAAAGUGCCCUCUUUCUUCUUGAGCAUCAGGCUGAUAUCAAUGUCAGAACACAAGAGGGGCAAACGGCACUGCAAUUGGCGAUUGAGAACCAGCUGCCUCUAGUAGUGGAUGCUCUUUGCACUCGAGGAGCUGAUAUGUCUGUUGUUGACGACAAAGGGGAUCCCCCGCUGUGGUCAGCUCUGGUCAGUGGUUUGGAAGAUAUUGCUUCCACGCUGGUCCGCCAUGGAUGUGAUGCCACGUGUUGGAGCUCGGGCCCCUCUGACUGCCUGCAGACACUUUUGCACAGAGCUGUUGAUGAGAACAAUGAGGUCAUCGCUUGCUUUCUCAUUCGCAGUGGGUGCGAUGUAAACAGUUCCAGAAGACCAGGACCGAAUGGAGAAGGGGAUGAAGAAGCCAGAGACGGACAAACGCCACUGCACCUGGCUAGCAGCUGGGGUUUAGAAGAGGUCGUGCAGUGCCUUCUAGAGUUUGGAGCAAAUGUUAAUGCACAGGAUGCUGAGGGGAAAGCUCCCAUCCACGCUGCCAUCAGCAAUCAGCACAAUGUGAUUAUACAGUUACUGAUUUCCCAUCCUGAUAUCCGUCUCACCAUUCGUGAUCGUCAGGGAAUGACCCCUUUUGCUUGUGCCAUGACCAACAAAAACAAUAAGGCUGCAGAAUCUAUUCUUAAGCGUGAGCCUGGUGCUGCCGAGCAGGUGGAUAAUAAAGGGCGCAAUUUUCUUCACGUCGCUGUACAAAAUUCAGACAUUGAAAGUGUCUUGUUCCUUAUAAGCGUCCAAGCAAAUGUCAACUCAAGAGUUCAGGAUGCAGCCAAACUAACCCCUCUCCAUUUGGCUGUCCAAUCUGGCUCAGAGAUUAUUGUGCGGAACUUGUUACUUGCUGGUGCUAAAAUCAAUGAGGUGACGAAGCACAGACAGACAGCUCUACAUUUAGCUGCUCAACAGGACCUUGCCACAAUUUGUUCUGUUUUGUUGGAAAAUGGAAUUGACUUUGCAGCAGAAGAUGAAAAUGGCAACAAUGCUCUGCAUUUGGCUGUGAUGCAAGGCCGCCUUAACAAUGUCAGAGUUCUCCUCACAGAGUCCACUAUAGAUGCAGAGGCCUUCAAUCUCAGGGGACAGUCACCAAUGCACGUGUUGGGCCAUUAUGGAAAAGAAAAUGCUGCUGCCAUUUUCGAAUUGUUCCUUGAGUGUAUGCCGGAGUAUCCUCUUGACAAACCAGACAAUGAGGGGAACACAGUUCUUCUACUGGCAUACAUGAAAGGAAAUGCUAAUUUAUGCCGUGCCAUUGUAAGAGCGGGUGCACGACUUGGUGUCAAUAAUAGUCAGGGAAUUAACAUUUUUAAUUACCAAGUUGCAACCAAACAGUUGCUCUUCCGCCUUUUAGACAUGCUUUCCAAAGAGCCCCCAUGGUGUGAUGGAUCAAACUGCUACGAAUGUGGUGCCAAAUUUGGUGUUACAACACGGAAACAUCACUGCCGUCACUGUGGGCGUCUUUUGUGCCACAAGUGCUCGAUAAAGGAGAUCCCAAUCAUUAAGUUUGACCUGAACAAGCCUGUGAGGGUUUGCGACAUCUGCUUUGAUGUACUAACUUUGGGAGGGGUAUCAUAA